AUGAUACACGAGUGGGAGAAAAAAGUCGAUGUUUGUGGAGAGGAUUGCGAGAUAGAAAUAUCGUCUUUUCUACAAAAUAUGACGUCUGAUGUGAUUUCGCGCACUGCAUUUGGGAGUAGUUACAAGGAAGGCAUGAAAAUAUUUGAAAUUCAACAAAAACAAGCCGAUUUGGUUUAUUUUGCAUUGCAGUCGCCUAUUCCAUGGUUCUUACCAACAAAGACAAACAAGAAGAUAAAAGAGAUGAAAAUUGAAAUAGAUAGACUAGUGAAGGUGAUAAUCGAAAGAAGAGAGAAAUCAAUGGGGAAAGGCGAAGGCGGUGGAGAUGGUGAUUUAUUAGGCGUACUUUUAGAGAACAAUUUGAAGGAGAAAGUUAUAAAGAAUGACGAUGCAAUGAGUAUCGAAGAUGUCAUAGAAGAGUGCAAACUUUUCUAUUUUACCGGUCAAGUAACCACCUCGAACUUGCUCGUUUGGGCUAUUGUUUCACUAGGAAUCCAUUCAGAAUGGCAAACACUUGCGAGGGAUGAAAUUCGACAAGCUUUUGGGGACAAUGUUCCUGACUUUGAUGGGCUAAACCGCCUCAAAAUUGUAACCAUGAUAUUAUACGAGGUUUUAAGACUAUAUCCUCCAUCACCGAUGAUGAUGAGAGUCGUUCAAAAAGAAACCAAGAUCGGACACAUGUCUUUACCCGCAGGGUCUCAACUCAUGGUACCAAUAAUCUUCAUACAUCGAGAUCGUCAAUUGUGGGGUGAAGAUGUUGAGGAGUUCAAACCCGAAAGAUUUGCCAAGGGACUAGCAGCAGCAUCAGAUAGACAAGGCUCUUUCCUCCCUUUUGGUGGCGGCCCGAGAACAUGCAUAGGCAACAACUUUGCUAUGAUGGAGGCGAAGAUGGCACUAAGUCUAAUUCUUCGUCGAUUCUCUUUCGAGCUUUCACCUUCGUACGUGCAUGCCCCUACCUUAGUUGUCACUCUUCGCCCUCAAUUCGGCGCUCAAGUUGUUCUACGAAAGUGUGUGUAGUAAUAUUUCAUAGGUCCUAAGAAUUUAUUGUGA